AUGGCGAUAAUGCACAAAAUCGCCAAGGCCGCGUUUCGAAACAGAAAAUCAAGCGUCGAUUUCAUCAUCUACUCUCUCCAAGCUCGCUCAAUCUCCAGGCAGAGUACGCUGAUUAAGCCAGAGAGAAUGGUUGAGAAAGAUGAUACGAAUGUAACUCGUGUUCUGUUUUGUGGUCCUCACUUUCCUGAUUCAUUCAAUUUCACCAGAGAGUAUUGCACACAGUUCCCUUAUAUUCAGGUCGAUAGUGUCCAUCACUGUGAUGUACCUGAGGUGAUAGAGAAGUAUCAUAUAUGUGUGGUUAUGAUGAUGAAAUUGGAUUCAAAUGUUAUAUCUCGUGCGAGCAAGAUGAAGCUUAUUAUGCAGUACGGUGUUGGUCUCGAAGGUGUUGACAUUGAUGCUGCUACGAAACAUGGGAUCAAAGUCGCUAGGAUUCCUAGUGAAGGUACUGGAAACGCAGCAUCUUGCUCUGAAAUGGCUAUCUAUCUAAUGCUUGGCCUUCUUAAGAAACAGAACGAAAUGCAACUCUCUGUGAGAAACAGACUACUUGGAGAACCAACCGGUGACACACUUCUCGGUAAAACUGUGUUUAUCUUGGGAUAUGGUAAUAUUGGAAUUGAACUGGCGAAACGGUUGAAGCCAUUUGGUUCGAUAGUAAUAGCUACGAAGAGAAGCUGGCCUGAUUCUACCAUCGACUCAGAUUCUAGUAAUCUAGUUGAUGAGAAAGGUAGCCAUGAAGACAUCUACACGUUCGCGGGAAAAGCAGAUAUAGUUGCCGUUUGUUUGAGGCUGAACAAAGAAACGGCGGAAGUAGUGAACAAGAAGUUUAUAUCUUCAAUGAGAAAGGGUGCACUUCUUGUGAAUAUCUCCAGAGGUGGUCUGAUAAACUAUGAAGCAGCUUACCAGAAUCUUGAGUCCGGUCAUCUAGGAGGCCUUGGGAUCGACGUGGCGUGGUCUGAGCCGUUUGAUCCGAAUGAUCCCAUUUUGAAGUUUAAGAAUGUGAUCAUAACCCCUCACGUCGCUGGAGUUACAGAACAUUCAUACAGAACCAUGGCCAAGGUCACCGGAGAUGUUGCUCUGCAAAUGCAUAAAGGACUUCCUCUCACCGGAAUCGAAUUCGUCAAUUGA